AUGAAAGAUCUGAAAUGGCGACUUGCAAUGAAAAACGAAGUUUCAGCUUUAGAAGCUAAUAAUACUUGGACUCGCAUGUCUUUACCACAUGGUAAACAACCAAUAUGUUGUAAGUGGAUUUAUAAAAUUAAAUAUCGACCCGAUGGUUCCAUUGAACGCUCCAAAGCUUGUCUUGUAGCUAAGGGUUACACUCAAGCUGAAGGCAUUGAUUAUCAUGAUACUUUUGCACCAGUUGCAAAGCUCGUCACUGUUCGUAUUCUCCUUUCUGUUGCAGAUGUAAAAGGAUGGUCCCUUCACCAAUUAGACGUAAAUAAUGCUUUUCUACAAGGUGAUCAUGAAGAAGAGAUCUAUAUGAAAUUACCACCCGAGUUUUCACGUGAGGGGGAGCAUUCUGGUUCAGUUUCUCUUUUUGUUCUCGUUUAUGUGGAUGACAUAAUUAUCACCGGGAACAACGAAACAUCAAUUUCCAAUCUCAAGAAAUUUUUGGAAAAAUCAUUUUCAAUUAAAGAUCUCGGUAAACUUCAAUAUUUUUUAGGAAUUGAAGUAUCUCGUUCAAAUCGUGGCAUAUUUUUAUGUCAACGAAAAUAUAUUCUCGACAUAUUAAAAGAUGCGGGAUUGACAGGAGAUCGUACUUCUGAUUUUCCUAUGGAGCAACAACUCCGACUAAAGCCUAAUGAUGGUCAACCUAUGUCCGAUCCAACCAUCUUCCGCCGCCUCAUUGGUCGUUUGUUAUAUCUUACUGUUACAAGACCAGAUAUCACAUAUAUUGUUAAUACUCUGAGUCAAUUUAUGAGUAAUCCUCACACAACUCACAUGGAUGUCGCAAAUCGCAUCCUCCGUUAUCUCAAAGGUACUAUAGGAAAAGGCCUUUUAUUAUCUUAUAGUAAUACCCUCCAUUUAAGUGGAUAUUGUGAUUCUGACUGGGCUGGUUGCCCAACGACUAGACGAUCCACAACAGGCUAUUUCACUAUACUUGGUACUAGUCCCAUCUCUUGGAAAACCAAGAAACAAGUAACCAUUUCUCGCUCUUCUGCUGAAGCGGAAUAUCAUGCUCUUGCAACACUCACGUGUGAACUCCAAUGGUUGAAAUAUCUCUUAAAUGACCUUGAUAUACCCCAUUCGGAACCAAUUUAUGUCUUUUGUGAUAACCAGGCUGCAAUUCAUAUUGCCGAAAAUCCGGUCUUCCAUGAACGGACUAAACACAUUGAAUUGGAUUGA